AUGCUUAACGUCUACCAGCACAGUAUUUUGAAUCUCGCCGCUACACAAUCCCACAACAGCCAUAGCGGCCUCUUCGUCAAUCGCAAGCCAGAGAGUUUGAUCUCCGGCCCAUUUGCCAUCUCUAACAGUGCUCUCAGUGGCUCCUUCAUCGCCGUUGAGGCUGCACUUGAUUCACCUCAUUGGACCGCGGCAGUCGAAAACGUCCCGCUCAACACCCGUGGCUGGGUCUUGCAGGAACGCGUCAUCUCGCCGCGCGUGGCGCAUUUCACCUCGGAUCAGGUAAUUUGGGAUUGUCUGGAGCUUACCGCGGCUGAGACUGUGCCCUCCGAUGCGCAGGCAAUGCCUCUUAUGGUUCCGUCGAGUAUUGGGCCGAAGCGCGAGCAAGAUCGAGCCCUUGGCCAGUGGGGGGAAGUAGUACAGACGUACUCUCAAUGCAACCUAACGUUCAUCUCCGACAAGGUCAUUGCUCUCUCCGGUGUGGUGGACUACUUGCGGCUCAAGCUCAAAGACAAGUUCUGUGCGGGUCUUUGGAGGGCACAAAUGGAGAUUCAGCUCUGCUGGUUUGCUGUGGAGCCGAGUAGCACGACACGGAACGCCAUUGCGCCAUCGUGGUCAUGGAUGAGCGUUUACUGUGCCAUCAAUAUGCAGCAGCAACACGAGUACGACGGUUACGUUGUGAAACUGCUUGCGGAGGUCGUCGGGGUCGACGUGAAGAUUGGGGCCGACGAUGUUGAUUGUAUUCGGCUCCGCUGCAUGCUGAAUCUAGUCAGACUCGAGGCUCUGCCACAGCCUCAGUUGGUUGGCCGCGGAAUGGAACAUUUGGUUCAGCUGGCACUGGACACGGCUGAUGCUGUCAAAGCAACCGGCGAUUUGUUUUUUGUUCCUAUAUAUGAUGUACAGGAACCAAAAAUGGCUGGGAUUCAUCGGCGAUUCUCAGAGACCAGGGGCCUUCUUCUGGAGGAGGUAGACGAAGAGGCGGGGAAGUAUUCGCGCCUUGGGCAUGUCUUCAUUUCAGCGCGAUCAGACACGAAAAAUCAGGAGUUCCCGGAAAGCUACCUUAGCUUUCACCAGGCUGGCGACCAGGACCGGCCCCAGGAUGUAGAGAAUCGUACGACAACUUCUCGCUUGAUUACAGUUAUAUAG